GAAUUAUCGACCGAGAGAGAGAGGGAAGAAGAAGAAGGCGAAAAAAUGGGAAGAAAGCUCGAUGCUUUGCUUGGAAGGAGUCACAAGAACACCGCCAAGUUCAAACCCACUUUGAACCUCGCUCUCUCUCGCCUUGCCGUUCUUAAGAAACAGCGCCAGGCCAAGUGCUCUCAGGCUCGAUCCGAUGUCGUCCAGCUCCUCCAGCAGGGUCACCAAGAUCGCGCUCUUCUGCGCGUGGAGCAUGUGAUCAAGGAGCAGAAUAUGUUGGAUGUGUUUGUCAUGAUAGAGGGUUACUGCAACCUCGUGAUCGAAAGGGUUCAUCUCAUUGAACAAGAAAGGGAAUGCCCUGAUGAACUGAGGGAGGCAACAUCGAGUUUGCUUUAUGCGGCUUCAAGAUGCGGGGAUUUUCCGGAGCUUCAAGAGAUUCGUGCGGUUCUCACUGCUCGUUUUGGCAAGGAAUUUGCUGCUCGUGCCAUCGAAGUGCGCAACAAUUGUGGAGUCAACCUCACGAUGAUGCAAAAACUGUCAACUAGGAUGCCAGUUUUGGAGGUCAGAAUGAAGGUGCUCAAAGAAAUUGCUGCAGAGAAUAACAUUGUUCUGAAGCUGGAAGAAACGUCUUCUGUUUACACCGAGGAUAAAUCGGAUGUGAACAAGGCCGGUUCAAGUGGCACGGGAUCAGCAGAUAAUGUGCAGGCUUCUGCAGAAGAGGCGGGAAAUGAUGAUAGGUUCUCUGGUUCGAUUAAGCCAAGGAAAUACAAGGAUGUGGCUGAUGCAGCUCAAGCAGCUUUCGAGUCUGCAGCUUACGCAGCAGAUGCUGCUAGAGCAGCAGUGCAACUCUCUAGGUCUGAAUCUCAAGAUCCUGAUGAUCAAAAUAGUCCCGGAAGUAAACGAGGAAAGUUAUCUGACAGAUAUGAAUCCUUUAAAAGUCUAUCUGAAUCGCAGCAUGAGCAAAAUCGAGGUGAAUUAAAGAGGUCGACAUCUUCUUCAAGUUUAGAUUCAGAUGGAGAUGAGGUGAUUCCGAUGUCCUCGGAUGCCGUAUGGCAGGCCGAUCUUUUAGGGAAGGAUAUAGUUUUUGAUGAGAGUGAAAGCGACAACGAACCAAAUACAACACCCUCGUCUCAUAACCAAAUUCCUUCGAGGUUUCGAUCUGGCUUGAAGGCGGAGUCAAGGCUUGAUUAUCCUGCAGCACAUGUCACUGGAGGAUCUGGAAGGCAAAGCCCACCGCGAUUAAACAUAGAGAAGGGACCGUUCUCUCUGAGGACUAGACGGGUGCGUGGCUUCUGAGAAGAAGAAUAGUCUUGUUUGUUAUAUUUCCUUAUCAGUUUUGCUCGUUGUGCUAAUAAAUUCCGUUGCAUAUAAAUUUGAUUGUUUCUUUA